AUGCCAAGGGCGGUGUAUCCUCGUGGAAAACCUGGCGAGUCUUUCCAUGAUCUCCUCAGGCAGCUAGCUGCAACUUACGAGCGCGACCUCCAGAACGCAUGCAGGGCUGCGCGACCGCACCUCUCCUUCGGAAGGGCUACAGAGGAUGAGCUGCAAGCACGGUUUUCGGCAGAACUUGUGCGGCCGCCAACGAGUUUGAGCAUGCCAACUCCGCCUCUCAAUCCUCCGCCUUUGGAGCCUUUGCAGCCUCGGGCGUUUUCGGCGAUUUCGGACCUCAAGCCCUCACGGAGUCAGCGGGAUGCGGAUCCUCUACUUGAUUGUUUUGAAGGCAAUGGUGCAAGCGGAGCCAGAGUCGAGAGCCCAGGCACCCCUCCAUGUCAAGAACAGCUUAGCUCAGAGAACGAACUUUUCGCGAGCCAAAUUCUUCAGGUGGAGCUUCGAAACUGCUGGGCAGAAAAGCCGCCAAGUGUGCGGAUGAAAAGCAUCGCCAGUGUGCAGUCUGAUGCAGUCCUGCAAGUCGCCGGCCAACAGCCAUGCACUUGCACUCUCAGUCCGUCUGGGACGUUCCGCAACACUUGGGACCUAGUUGGCGUUAUCUGCCUGGCCUGGGAUGUCAUCACGAUCCCACUCCAAAUGUUUGACUUUCAGCCCGAAGUUCAAGCAGCAUUGGAGUGGAUAUCUCGACUUGAGAUCUUUUUCUGGCUGAUUGACAUGAUGCUGGCUUUUCUUACCGGCUUUGUCAGUCGUGGAAUCCUUGUCAUGGACUUGCCAACGAUUCGGCGUCACUACCUUCGCAAUUGGUUCAGCAUUGAUCUAUCCAUCCUCGUCGCUGAUGUGCUGCUGGAGUUUGCGUUCGUGGACGUUAUAGGGCAAAUGAAGGCGGCAAAGUUCCUUCGACUGGUGAGGUUGCUUCGCAUUAUCCGCUUGGGCAAGCUCACUCGCGUAUCCAUCGUUCUUCGUGACCAGCUCCAGUCACGUGUGGCCUGCAUACAGCUCAACUUGUCCCUGGUGAUCCUAGGCAUGAUCCUCCUGGAGCAUGUCAUUGCAUGCUGCUGGCACGGCAUCGGUUCCCUGGACGUGGACAACUCCUGGCUUGACGUCCAUGGUAUGCGACAUCAGCAUGUCUCCUUUCAAUAUGCCACAGCCCUGCGCUGGAGUUUUGCACAGCUGGGGGUUGGCGGGACGGAGAUCGAAGCAGUCUCCUACACAGAGGCUGUCUACUCUGUCAUUGUGGCAUUCGUGUCCCUGGUCUCCUUCUCCACCGUGAUCAGCUCCAUGACCUCCCUGAUCUCCAGCCUGAACAAGGCGAAGGUGGAGGAAACUGAUCAGUUCUGGCUACUCCGGAAGUACUUGCGAGACAAUGACAUCUCAGGGAGCCUUGCGGAGCGUGUCACGGACUUCCUCCAGUAUGCCUACCACACCCGUGCCAUCCAACUUGCGGAGCACCCGCACAUCCUCCAGCUUCUGUCAAAGCCUUUGCAAGGGGAGUUGAGCUUUCGCCUCUACCGCGCCAGCAUCCUCAGGGUCUCCUUCUUGGCUGAAGUGGACCGCAGUGUUGCUGCGCACCGGGAGGCUGCGUUCCAGAAGUUGGCCAGCGAUGCAGUCCGCGUCAUCGACACCGGUGACUUGGAUGCGCUUUUUUCCACGAACCAAGAGGCGCACACGUCGUACCUCCUCCUAGACGGGUCCCUGCGGUACGUUCACGGCCAAGCGGGGGAGCAAAAGUUGCGUUCUCGGAGCUGGAUCAGCGAGAUGGCGCUGUGGACUCAGUGGCUGCAUGUGGGAGAACUCCUUUCCAUCGGAUUCUCGCGACUAGUGUGCCUGGAUGUGCAGGAGUUCUCCAACAGCAUCUUCAGCUCUUUGGAUCUCCGCAACCGCGCGCAUCUCUACGCCAAGCUCUACGUGGAGCGCCUGCGGCAGGAGCGCCUCAUGAGCGACUUGUGGCUCUACGAGGAUGUGCAGGUAAUGGAGCGCGCGAAGACCCUGCCGGAGCAAGGCGGCUGGCGGAUCUUCUCGCGGUUCCGAGCGGGCCCCCAGCAGCUCCGGGUACUGCCAUGCAGCCCAGACGAUUGA